AUGCCGCAAAUGAGCCAAUCUUACGUCCACCGAUGGAAAACAUUUCUCAAAUUUUGCCUUUCAACGGUAGCCGUUCAUUUUCUUUACUACAAGUAUUUCAGCGAUGAAGGAAAUCUAUAUUCUCUUGAGGAAUCAAACAGAAUCUCUCAAAAUGUCGAACAAUUUAAGGAAAACUGGUGUCGAAUUCGACAAGCGCGAGUCGAUUUGGACUCAAUUCUUAGACCAUGUUUCUACAACAUCUCAUGGAAUGGACUUUCUCCUAAACGCGAACUUCAAACAGAUGCUGGCAAAAGUGUGAUUUCGUCUUUUGAAAUCAGGUCAGCAGGUCAAUUUAGUCGUUUCAGCAUUCAAACAAAAACUCGGAAUGGUAAACUGAAGCGCAUUGGCGGCGACUCUUGGCGCGUGUUACUCCACGGUCCGGCCACCGUAUCACCUACAAUGUUUGAUCACGGAAAUGGGACAUACGAGUUUUUGUUUCUUGCUAUGGACCCAGGGUUCUAUAAGUUGGAUAUCACCCUGGACUAUAGCCUUUGUGACGGAUACCGUGAUCCACCGAAAAAUUGGUUCAUAGUAGGGAAUUCUCAAGGCAAGAUGCAAAAAGACGGGACAUUAGGCGUUAACCGCGCGAAAGAUGACUAUCUUCUUCAAGUGUUCCAAAAUGGCAAGCUUAUUAUGAUUAACAUCCCGCUGCCAGAGGAUAGAGGAGCAUUCCUGAUAAAUCAGUUACCAGACCGCCCGUGCCUCUCCGCCAAGUUUAACUUGUCUUGCGGCAUGGAUUGUAAAUUUAUGUGGGAUGGAUUCGGCCGCUGGCUCGGGACAAAGUGGAAGCCAUAUCUUACAGGAGUAAAAAGGCAUAGAAAGCCGAUGAAAUCGAGUAUCACAGCUCCUAAGCUGGAAAAACUGUGGAUUUACGGAGACUCGCAGGCCGAAAGACUGCAUUUAUCAAUAAAGGAUGGACCACUUUGCAAGGAGAUCUUUAAAUCUUGUAACCUGAGUAAAAUGUGGGUUUACCCUUACAGCGGCCAGUUCCCAAAAUGGGAUGAUGAAGACUUUGAUGAGUCCAUAAUUCUCGAUAGUCUCAGGAGUGUGGUGGAAAGACUGGAUAUGAGCCAAAACAAUGUGUUAAUUUUGAAUCUUGGACUGCAUUACAUGGAGAGCAUAAAACUGCAAGAUUAUAGAAUACUUCUUUUGAAGGUCAUUGAUCUAUUGAACGAAAGAAAUAAAGAUACAGGCGAACUGAAGCAUAAGGCCCGUGUUAUAUGGAAAACGUCCACUUCUAUUAGUAAGGAAAAGGACACUGGAAGUCAGCUAACAAGUGAUCGCAGAAGAUUUCUCGCUUUACCGCGUGUGGCACUCUACAAUUCUUUUGCAACCUCCCUCAUGUGCCAGGCUGGCUUAGAGGUGCUUGAUGUUUACCCAUUUACCAGGUCCUACCCAGGAGGUACCGGAGGACCCGAGGUUGCGUGGUACAAAGAGCGUGAUAUUGUGCAUUUCAAGUUUCGUGUUAUGAAACCUGUCGAACAAUUUCUGGAAGAUUACUUUCUGGGAAAAAUAGCAUUCCCUCUCAAUUUUGAGAAUUACGUGUUUUCAUAGCGCAAUGAUUGUUGUAAUGUAAAGCCUUUUGAUAAAGAAAUGUUUGCGCCAUAGAAAAACCACGACGGCGCUAGCACACUUUGCUCACUAGUUAACAAUUAUUCACAGAAGACAAAGUGAAUAUUGUUGACUAAUCCCCAAGAAGAAGUCGAUGGGAUUAUUUAUUAUGGGUUGUACCUGUCGCACUUUGUAAUAAAAUUGUCAA